AACGCAAAUGUUUAACCACAGUGGCCACGAAGAAGAACGAUACUAACAGAGCCUUCACAGAGAGAUGUUUCGAUUCAAUUUCCGUCGUGAAAUCUCCAAAUAUACCGGAAUUUAUCACCGGAAGAUACACAGCGGUCUAGAAGAUGCCGGUCCGAUGGCGUCUCGCCUUAAAUCACGUUCCGUUGUCCGGUUUAGCGGACCGGAUACGGUUAAGUUUCUUCAAGGUUUGUUAACCAACGAUGUACGGAGAUUCGGCGAAUCCUCCGGCGAGAAGAACUCGGCGGUUCCUACGCCGAACAUGGCUUCCGUUACGAAUCCGCCUAUGUACGCAGCGUUGUUAACUCCUCAAGGAAGGUUUCUAUACGAUUUUUUCUUGUAUAGCCCUUCGAGACCCGAUGAAAAGCUUGAUCGGACUGGUUCAGGACCCGGGUCGGAUUCGGGUCGUGAUGGGUCUGUUGAGUUGUUUGCAGAUGUUGAUGUUGAUGUCCUCGAUGAAUUGCUUGAAACUCUCAAAAAAUAUCGCUUGAGGUCCAAAGUGGAUAUUGAAAACGUUGCAGAGGAGUUUUCGUGUUGGCAGCGUUACGGUAGGAAUCUUACUGGAUCAUCAUCUGUUGGUUGGGGUGGUGGUGUUGAUCGUGCUGGUGAGUCUACAGCUAGUGGUAAUAAGUAUGGAUGGCAAUGGUAUAAGGAUCCGAGGUUGGAGUGUCUCGGUUACAGAAGUAUCUUUCCGUCUGAUGCAACUCCGCCUUUAGUUGAGGCAGAUAAAGAAACAGAUGAAAGCAAUUAUCUUUUAUGGAGAUUAGAGCAUGGAGUUGCUGAAGGAUCAGCUGAAAUUCCUAAAGGUGAAGCAAUUCCGCUUGAAUAUAAUUUCGUUGGUCUUAAUGCUAUAAGCUUUGACAAAGGCUGCUAUGUUGGUCAAGAGCUUAUAGCUCGUACCCAUCACCGAGGUGUCAUCCGCAAACGCUUAAUCCCAUUACGGUUUAUCGAUAGCAAUGGAAAAGAGUUAAACCAGAAAAUUGCGGCUGGAGCUGAAGUAGUAGAAUCAGGAACGGGCAAGAAAAUGGGGACGGUUUCAACAGCUCUGGGUAGCCGGGGAAUGGGUGUAAUGAGGGUAGAGGAAGCCUUUAAACCAUCAGCUGAAUUAGCAGUAAAGGACUCAGAGGAGGUGAAAGUCGAGGCAAUCAAACCAACAUGGUGGCCAGCUGAAUGGUUCCAACAGAAUCAAUCAGGAGUUGCUGCAGCGUAGUAACUUACUAAGAUUAUUUUUGCAGUUGAAAAAAAUAAAGUUGGAUACUUUCCGGCGAGGUUUCUGUACUGGAAAGCAACAAGCUCGUAGCUUUCAUUGUAUUCCACUAUUUAACUAAUAAAUGUUGGAACCUUCCGGCGAGUUUAUAGCCGUCGGAUAACUUUGUACUAACUGCUACAAAUUUUGUUGUGUCCACUUAUCAAGUUUCAAGUUAUUGAGUUUUGUGGUUUUUGUAGUUAAAACUUGGUAAAUGUUAAAGUUCUAUAUAGCGUUAAUAAAUCAAAAUUUCAAACUGAAGGAGGAGAAGUUUGGUUCUGAAUUGUGUGGUAUGAUUCUGUUUUAAAACAAGCUUGGUUCGAUU